AUGCGUGGCAUUCAAAUCACAGAAUAUCUCAAAGGGCCUGAUCAGCUCAAGGUCUCCGACCUUCCCGAUCCCAAGCCUUCAGAAGAUGAAUACCUCAUUCAAGUACACGCCGCAGCAGCCAACUUUUUCGACAUCCUACAGAUCCAAGGAAAAUACCAGAACCAACCCCCCUUCCCUUGGAUCGCCGGCGCCGAAUUCGCAGGCACGGUCAUCGCCACGCCCACUAAUUCUUCCAAGCCCAAGUUCCCCGUUGGAUCGCGCGUCUUCGGCGCAUCCCAGGGUGCGUUCGCGACAAAGAUCCGCGCCAAAGAGAACACCCUCCUCCCUGUUCCUGACGGCUGGUCGUUCAAAGAAGCUGCUGGCCUGUUUGUCACUGCGCCGACGAGUUAUGGUGCGCUGGUAGUCAGAGCCGAGGUCAAGAAGGGCGAUUAUGUGCUUGUCCAUGCUGCGGCUGGCGGUGUUGGUCUUGCAGCUGUCCAAGUGGCCAAGGCAUUUGGCGCAACAGUCAUUGCGACAGCUUCAACGCAGCAUAAGCUCGACAUCGCAAAGUCAUACGGCGCCGACCAUGUGAUCUCCUACAACGACGCCUCAUGGCCCGCGCAAGUCAAGAAGCUCACCCCCAACUCCCGCGGCGUCGACAUCGUGUACGACCCAGUCGGUCUUGUCGACCUCUCCACCAAGUGCACGGCGUGGAACGGUCGAAUUCUGGUCAUCGGCUUCGCCGCAGGCAAGAUUGAAAAGGUAGCCAUGAACAAGGUCCUCCUCAAGAACAUCUCCAUUGUGGGACUACACUGGGGCGCGUAUUCUAUCCAUCAAAAGGAGAUGAUCCCUAAGGUCUGGGAGGGAAUCAUGGGCCUUGUUAAGGAGGGUAAGCUCAGGGGUACAGAGUAUACCGAUGAGGAGUUUGUUGGAUUGGAGAGGACUGGGGCUGCGUUGAAGGCGCUGGGAGGUAGAGGGACUUGGGGAAAGGUUGUUAUCAAGAUACCCGAGGAGGGGCAGAGCAAGCUAUAG